GUCGUCGUCGUCGCUCGUUCGCCGCCGUCGUCGCCGCCGCGGUGGCGAGAUAAUACCUGGUUUCCCGCCGUCUGCCGGGACGAUCGCCGACUUGAAUCCUAACAACACCACGUACCUAACCGGGAGCGCCGCAUCAUCGGCCGCGUGCGUGAAAGAGAGAAAGAGAAAGAGACAGAGAGGAGCAGCAGCCGCAACGAAGGUCGCCGCCGGUCGGCGAGCAGCGCUCGCUGUCACUGCGAAUCGCUCAUAUACCCUCCUCUCUCCCUUCCUCCUCCUUCGACCUCCCCGAUACUCCUGCCUCUUUAUCACCUCCUUUUCUUCUUCCUCCUCCACCUUCUUCGCCGUCAUCACCUCCUCCGUUAAAGGAGGAUUCUGCUGUACUGAGCCAUGGCGUGCUGCCUGUCGGAAGAGGCGAAGGAACAGAAACGUAUCAAUCAGGAAAUCGAACGGCAACUGCGGAAGGAUAAGCGGGAUGCCAGGCGGGAACUCAAGCUGCUUCUACUCGGUACCGGCGAGUCGGGCAAGUCCACCUUCAUUAAGCAGAUGAGGAUUAUCCACGGCUCCGGCUACUCGGACGAGGACAAGAGGGGGUUUAUCAAACUUGUGUACCAAAACAUUUUUAUGGCGAUACAGUCCAUGAUCCGGGCGAUGGACCUUCUGAAGAUCCAGUACAGCGAUUCCUCGAAUAUAGAAAAAGCGGAAAUGGUGCGGAGCGUCGACUUCGAAACGGUGACGACGUUCGAGAGCCCGUACGUGGAGGCGAUCAAGGAUCUGUGGAAAGACGCGGGUAUACAGGAGUGCUACGAUCGUAGACGGGAAUACCAGCUCACGGAUUCCGCCAAGUAUUACUUAAUGGAGAUAGAUCGAGUCGCGUCACCAGAGUACCUCCCCACAGAACAGGACAUUCUUCGUGUGAGAGUGCCCACCACUGGUAUAAUUGAAUAUCCCUUUGACUUGGAAGAGAUCCGAUUUAGUUAUCUUAGUGACCUAGAGCGUAUCGAAAAGCCUGAUUUCCUUCCAACCGAGCAAGACAUCCUCCGGGCACGAGCUCCCACCACCGGAAUUAUAGAAUAUCCAUUUGAUCUGGACUCCAUCAUAUUUAGGAUGGUAGACGUCGGCGGACAGAGAUCGGAAAGAAGAAAAUGGAUCCAUUGUUUCGAAAACGUCACUUCAAUUAUAUUUUUAGUAGCUCUAAGUGAAUAUGAUCAAAUUCUAUUUGAAUCGGAAAACGAGAAUCGAAUGGAAGAAAGUAAAGCACUGUUCAAAACGAUUAUAACAUAUCCCUGGUUUCAACACUCCUCCGUUAUCCUGUUUCUCAACAAGAAAGAUCUGCUAGAAGAAAAGAUUAUGUACUCUCAUCUCGUCGAUUACUUUCCAGAAUACGAUGGUCGGCAGAGAGACGCUAUACAAGCUAGAGAAUUCAUUCUGAGGAUGUUUGUUGACUUGAAUCCGGACACUGAGAAGAUUAUUUAUUCCCACUUUACGUGUGCCACAGAUACGGAAAACAUCAAGCUUGUAUUCUGCGCUGUUAAGGAUACGAUCAUGCAAACCGCGCUUAAGGAGUUUAAUCUUGCUUAACGCGACUUAUAGAUAACUGUAUAGAUUUUAGUGUGUACGCAGAUUCUUGACGAUAUUAUUCAAUAUUUGGACACCAAGAAUGACGUAGACUUGUGCAAUAGAUUUAUGACAAAACUUAGUAUAAUUUUGACCAACGAGCAUUAUAUUGGAGUAUAGUCAGAUAUCACAGCGAUUGCCUCACAGAUGUUAUUGCAAAGAACGAAUUAUUAUGGAUCGUUUAUCAAAGAUUACUAUAUGUUACUCUUUAAAAUUUAUUCCGGAGUUUAAGUCUGUGUCAUUCUCGGCGAUUGGUCGUCGGCUGCGAAUACAAUUUUACUUUCGAAAAUUUCGAAAAUAACUGCCAGCUUUAACGUUGACAACAACAUAUUACAAUAUACGUUAAGUAAAAAUAUGUUAUCAAAGCCUUGUAAAACCCCUAAAUAAAAGGAAUAUAGCAAUUGA